UCACUGUGAACGUUCGUGGACGGAAGGCGUGUCGCUUCUUCGUAUACAUUUUGCGCGCGUAUUCAAGUACGCUGUCAUUCAACCUUUAAUCCAAUUAUUGGUUUUAAAAUGCAGGGUCAAUGACCCGUAUGAUAAUAAUGGGAUAUUGAUAUUAGUAAUUAAUAUGCGGUUGUUGGUUUUCACGGUUUAAGGUUUUGUGGUUUCGGUGGAAAAUGCUUUGGGAGGAUGUGAGUUUGGAAAAAUGUUGAAGGCGUUUCGAACGCGAUGUGUGCUUGGAUUGACGUGCCUGGCUUUGUGCCUCGGCGGUACCAGAGGACUAAUAGAAAUCGUAGAGGAGCAGCGAUGCCACGAUUAUGAGUUCCGUUUGACGUGUCGGGACUUGGACACUCAUAUAGCAGUUCUGGAGGCGUGGUAUACCUCUACAGAGGAUUACAGAUCAUCAAACGACACUCAAAGACCAGCCAGACUCAUUAAAACAGAAAACGAUUCGGAGCUUGACCAAGUUUACGUGUACUAUAGUCCUGAACACAACGGCGUUUAUCAGUUGACCAAUCAUUCCAUUGAAAAUGUUACUAGUUCGAAUAGUUCCUUUGAAACGGAGUUCGGAGUUAAUAAUAGUUGGAUCAGUGAUGCUUUUGAGAACAUAGAUAUGUCAGUGGAGUUUAUAAAUACGAGUGAGGUUUGCGGUAUUGUGAAUUUCGUGAGGAGUUAUGCUAGUUGGCAUGAAGGUGACAAGCGCCGGCUGCCGGCAACAAGGGUGUCGUCUGUGAAUUUACGAGCACCGUUAAGUUACCGGUGUACCGGAGUGAACCACUGCAGCUUCGUGCUGGCCGAGGACUAUCCACCUUCCAGGAGUUGGUCUCCAGGUGUCGUGUUUGUUAAAUACGCUUGUUUUGAUGAUUUACUAUCAAUACACUAUUGCAACAGAGAAGUGUAUUUGUCAGAAACUGGUCCUGAGAGCGAGGGUUACAUCAGGACCCCGGGUUACCCUAAUUUUUAUGUUGGUGAAGAAUGCCGGUGGAAACUUCGAGUGAAUCUAGAACAGAAGAUAAGGAUUACAUUGCUAGAUGUUAGUUUGAGAAGUAUAGGUCCGUUUGAAGAGGAAUGUAUAGACUUUGUGUCUGUGGUGGAUCCCAAUGGCAAUAUUCUUUUCAGUACGUGCGAACAAGUGGACCUCCCGCGUCAAAUAACCACUGCCAUGGAUACUGUUGAAAUAGUGGUUCAGGCGAAAUCAAAAGGUGCCUAUCCUAAGAGAGGCGUGUUGUUACACUAUAAAAGUAUAGGUUGCGUAACGCUGCCACCGCCAUCUAACGGUUACUUAGUAUAUCGCAAUGCAGAUGUUGCGCACUACAUGUGUAAUGUGAAUUUAGUUUUCGAAGAUACGCGACAGAGGGCUCGCGUUAUAUGGUGCUAUGAUGAUAAUAGUUGGAAUGAAACGAUUCCAGCACUUUGUAUUGACGAGGCGACGUUGAGGGUCGCCGGGGACAAUUCAUCGGGAGUUACUGAUAAAGAAACAAAACUGCCGCACAACGAGGCCAACAUGAUAGUAGACAUUGUGAUUCCGUCGCUGCUGAUAGCGGCCUUGUUCAUAGGGAACGCUUUCAUCGUGCUCAUUAUUUACAAGUACAGGAAACGGAAAAAUGAUGAUUUAGAAGACGAGUUCAACACGAUACCACUGAGCGCGAACGGCCUUCAUAACGCAGGGAACGCCGUUUAAGAUUCGAUUUCGAGAUUACACACUAGAUAAUUAAUAAUUACGACCUCUUUAUUUAAUGUACAUGACAUUGCAAAGUUUUAAAGCAUGAUAUUUUAUUAAUAAGGUUUUAUUUGACGAAUCAGCUUCAUGGGAUUGUAUUCGUUUAUAAAUUUUCUUAAUUUUUUUGACAUAAAAAACCCCGAAACCGUAGUAAAUUGUUGCACAAAUACAGAACAAACUACCAAGUUAGGUAGAGAUUUCGAUGUGAUUUUCGUUUUGAGGUUUCAGCUUGUUACGGACGAGCCAUUCCAAAAACAACAUCCGAACUUUGCGAAUAAGCAAUUACUGUUUAAUAUAAACAGCGAAGUAAAAAAGUGUGUAUUGCUCGUGAUAUAUUAUUUUCGUUAUUUUUUAUUAAUAUAUUAAUGUGUUCAAUGACAUACCAAAGAUUUUUCAGCAACAACGACACUUAAUUUGCUCUGUAUUAUGAGCUAGUGUGUAAUCUUUAAGUGUUUUUUUUUUUUUGAAUUUUAUUCUAAGGCAAUGGCCUAAACGAUACCAAUAGUGUCUAAUCUUAAUAAGUAACGAUCAGUGAUAGAAUGACAAUUUCAAAUUCACUAUCAACUUCAUCCCGUAGUCCUAACGAAACUUGGACGUAUUGUGUAUUUUUCAUUUCAGUUGUAUAAAUCAAUCGAGCACCUACGUGUUAAAAUGUUUAAGUCAUUGGGUAAUUAUUUAUUUCUUAUUGGACGCUUUUCAUUUGCGUGUCACUAUAGUUGUAUGGAGGCUUGAUAAGACAGUACGAAAAUGUAGACUCCAAUACAGUCUUUCCAAUGUAUUGAUUACCGACAAAACUCUUGUACGUAGAAAUCUUCUAGUUGUAAGUAAGGACUGAUAGUUACAAUCGACGCUGUUUCUUAUAUUUAGUCCGCACAUUUUUCACUGCAUUUAUUUUCAUUAAGAUCAAUAACUUAAGCUUGAGAUAAUUUCAUCCAAAAAUUGUUGAAGUUUUUGUAUUUGGCGAAGUCUGUAUAGAUUUAAAUAAAAGCACUAUCUUUAAA